AUGGCUAGAACAUUAGCGCUUCCGUUGCUGGUAACGGUGGCGUCGGUGGUGAUAUUCGGCACUGGCGUACCGUUCGCCAGUGGCGCAUCAUCGAUCACGGUCGAGAAGUCCGCGUACAAAAACGUCGUCAUCGAGAUCCGGGAUAAUGUCCCGGUGGACAACUGCCAAACGAUACUGCAGAAUCUAGAGAUUAUGCUAACGUCCGCGUCGCAGUAUCUCUUCAAUGCACUCGACAGCCGCGUGUACUUCGGCGAAGUGUCCGUGAUCUUGCCGAACCAUUGGCCCCAGUCGUGCAUACCCUACAACCAAACGCGCACAUCAGCGAGCGGCGAAACGGCGGACGUUACGAUCCGACCCCAUACCAAGGCCGAACCCUCGAUCUGGACGCAACAGUACGCCGGAUGCGGUGAGUCGGGCGAGCAAAUCUACGUCGAUCCGGAGAUACUGGGCCGGGAAACUAUCUGGCGGGAGUUUGUCCGCGAGUGGGCCAAGUACCGGUACGGUGUGUUCGACGAGAUUGGGUACGAUCGCGACCCGGUCUAUCCGCGCUGCUACAUCAACGACGAGCACAAGGUGAAGCUGACGGGCUGCUCGGACGCGCCGGUCAACGAUGAGGGACUGUGCGGUAGCCCGUCCUCACCGGUGCCGGUCCCGUACAACAUUAGCCGUGUGCUGGACCCGAACGCACGCACCAGCAUCAUGUUCGCGGCCGAAUCCAAGAGCGUUACGAUGUUCUGCGACGAAGGCACACACAACCGGUACGCUCCGACGAAGCACAAUCAGAUGUGCGAUCGCCGCAGCACGUACGACGUGAUACUGAAGCAUUCGGACUUUGCGCCACAAAAUCAGAUGGAGUUUAACCCGUCGGUGAUCAUUAACACCGUGCCAAAGUUUAGCUACAAGUCGCGCAAACUGACCCGGUACGUCGUCGUGAUUGGACAGACGUUCGUAAUGCGGGAACGAGAGACUUGGAGCUUCCUGCGGCGUGCCAUACGCAAGUGGAUCGUGUACGAUCUGCCGGCGACGAAGACCGAGAUCGGUAUCGCACUUGCGAACGAUACGGCCACGUACGACAUGCUGCCGAUAACUUCACUGCAGAUCGAGAAGAACAAGGACCGCAUCGCGUCCUUCAUCCCGUACACCCCGAGCGAUCUGAACCGGCCGACUUGUCUGAGUUGCGGCAUUUCCGACGCCAUCCACAUGCUGAACGAACAGACGCGGCACCACGGUCCGGCCAACUCGAUCAUUCUGGUGAUCGCGCCCGGUAUGGACAUCGAACACGAGUCGCUAGCACGAUCGGCACGGGCCUCGAAAAUUCGCAUCGCCACCAUCAACUACCCGAUAGUGGAGCCCCGGCGACCACUGGACCCGUUGGCGCACGAAACCGGCGGUAGCGCCUACUCCGUGUUCGAGUGUCGCGACAAUUCGGAGAAAUCGCUCGUCACCACGUACUUCGAGCUGUCGAACGCACUGUACAACAUCGGGAAACUCUACUACGAGGGCAAUCGUAACGAGUUCCCGGUAGAAAUCUUCCGCCGCGUGCUGAUUGAUUCGGUGGGCGAAACCAACUCGCAGCGCAGUAGUCGCACUGUGACCGGGAACUUUAUGCUCGAUCCGUUCAUGGGCCCGCCGGCAGAGUUCUUCAUCUACGUGCACAACUCGGAGAAUCCGCUCGUGUCCAACGUGCGCUUGACCAAUCCGAACGGCAUCGUGUACUCGUCGAUGAGUGAUGCGCGUGCGUCGAUGCGGCAACUAUCGCUGCUGUCCACGAUCAACGAGACCGGCAUCUGGAACUAUUCGAUCGAGCGGUUCCAGGGCAAUCCGCAGCCACAUUACGUGCAGGUGAUCGCAACGCCACGCUCCAAGUACGCACCGGUUAUAACGGCCCGGGCCUGGGUUCAUCGCAGCAAGGCCGGCGGUCCGAUCGUGCUGUUCGCGGAAGUGAAGAAGGGAGAUCUGCCGGUGGUGUCGGCCCAGGUCGAAGUCACCGUUACCAAGCUGGAGCGCAUCUGCGAGCGCUUCCGCGAAACAACCGUGCAGAGUGAUGAGCGGUUCGUGCUGCUGGACACUGGUGCCGGUGAUCCGGACAUCACCAAGGGUGACGGAGUCUACUCACGCUACUUCAACGCGGAUGAGUUCGGCGGUCCGGGCACUUACCAGCUGGAAGUGACGGUUAGCGAUCGCGGCAACACGGCCUACACGCUUGCGGAUGGUGCCAGUUACACCGCCACGUCCAACUCGCAACCGGGACGUUGCUGCGGUAGUUCGGUGCCAAUUCCCCAGAAGCAAUCGCUCGAUUCGUUCGAGCGCAUUCUACCCCCAAUGACGGUGUUCGUUAGCCAGGCGGAUCUGAUCAACGCCGCCAAAGUUCCGGUCGGUCGUAUCAGCGAUCUCAGCGCGGACGUGGAAGGUAUGAAGGUACGGCUCAGCUGGACGUCCCCGGACAUGGGUGGCAAGAAUGUGGCCCGGUACGAGGUGAAGUAUGCCACCACGAUCAAGGACAUUGUGGACAACUUCGACACGGCCGCCGUACUAUGGCAUCACGACACACCGUUUACGUUCUCCAUCGGUGAAGGUAGCGAGUUCACGAUGAACAUUACGCACGAGCCGCAUCUGUUCGGGCAGAUCCUGUACUUUGCCGUCCGGCCGUAUGCUACGCUCACAAAGGACGCCGAACCGGGACCGAUCUCAAACUAUGUGCGAGCGUUUGUGACGAAACCGAAGCCCACGACCCUUUACCCGCCGUCCAGUACGGGCGGUACGGAAAGCUACGACUCCAUCUGGUCAUCGUACGAUGGCAUCGCUAAGAAUGGAGACGACAGCAUGGACAUUAUUCCGCGCAUUGCCAAAAGCAUGGACCUUGGCCCAGAGCUGCUGCUGCCCAUCAUUGCCGGUAUCAUACUGCUGUGUGCGCUCAUCUUCAUCUACUGCUGGUUCUGUGUGAUCAAGAAACGGCACGACACGCACGAUGACGAGCAGAAGAAGCCGAUCAAAUCGUUCAAAAGCGACACGAAGCUCACCACAAGUCAUAGCGUGAUCGUGACGGCAGCCGGCAACGGUUCGUCACCUUCCUCCAACUCGACGACAUCGUCAUCUUCGUCGCCGAACCAUCAAGGCACCAACCAUCACGGUGGCCAAACGACGCUGCCACAGUCGAACUCGUACGACAUGGGACUGGGUGAUCACCAAACCGUCGGCAUCCCGACCAUCUACAACAUCGACGACGACGUGCUGCUGGCCAAGAAGCGCUACAGUGCCGUCAUCAACAUGGGUCCACCGACACACCCGAUGGAGCAGCAGCUGAUCGAGGAGUUAAAGCAGCAGCAGCACAUCAUCGACACGCAGUCCUUCAUCAUGCCCAACCACGGAGGUCCCACGGCCAACGGUACGCUUGGGCCCAACAACAACAACAAUUGCAGCGUGAGCAUCAUUUCGACAACCUCCAACAACACCACGCUAACGCGCACCUACAAUCCGAACACGGGCACGAUCAUGGUCGGUGGACGUACCCUCAGUCCCUACGAGUCCUGGUCUGCCUCGCAACUGCUGCAGGAACACGAACAGCAACACCAGCGACGCCACAGCCCAACGCUUAUUGACGACCUAAUCGACAAUAACGUUCAACAGCCGUUCUACAAUCCGGGCCAGCAGGUGCAGCAGCUGCAUCCACAGCACGCCCAUAUGCUGGGCCAGCCAGGCACGGACCAAAUGUCGCUGCUGAACAACAACCAUCUGAACGAGAACGGUUCGCCACCGGUUCCACCACUGCCGAUCUACACCACCAGCCCGAGCGUUGGUGCGACGGGAGCGGCCGUCGGUAAUACGACCUCGUACGUGUACGGCCAAAGCCACGGUUCCUCGGUGAGUUCGGUAAACAGUGGCCUUGGCCCGAUACCCAACGGGGGCUCCACGAUAAGCGGCACGGACACGAAGAAGCGACGCAAUGUCACUAUGGUCUAA